AUUUGCAGUUAUUAUCGCUAAAUCUUGACUUCAUUUACACAAUAAUUUGUAAUGCUGAACACGUUUGGACUGAAAUCAAACAGCGAUAUCAACUAGGAGAAUGGUUAGCACUCACGAGAUGUGCAACAUAGAUGGCAGUGAAAUAGAAACCAAGUCGGAAAUUAAAUACCUAGGCGUCACUUUAUCCUCUGAUCUUUCCUGGUCGUCUCAUAUCUUGACGAUUUCCAAGAAAAUAUACCGUCUUACCUUCUACAUCAAGAAGUUAAGACAUUCUGGUGUAACCCAACCCUUACUCCUACAAUUUGUUAACUCCCGGAUUCUGCCUAUUAUUCUCUAUUGCUCCCCCUUAGUCUUUCCUGGGCUAUUGAAGAAAGACUAUACCUUAUUACGUAGGAUGUUAAAGGUUGUCAGCAGGGUAAGCAGCUUGCCACUUAGCCAGCUAGUUAAUAUUCUGGUGGACAGGCAUAUGGACUCAUGUGAAAAAUGGGCGAAAUCCAUUUUAUCUGACUCACAACACCCUCUACAUUCACAACUCUCCCCAUGUAUCUCUUCAGGGAAAACAAGAAGCCUAUAUAGGAAACUAUAUGCCCGCACUAGUAAGUACAAAAACUCAUCCAUACCCUACCUAGCCCGUGUUCUGUGCGAUAAAGAAUGCAUCAGGCAUGAAACCUUUAACUUAUUAAAUAGUCAGUAGAACCAAUGGAUCUCGUCUUUCCAACUCACAUCAUUUAUAGGUACAACGUUUUCUCGCUCUUCAUUCUGUAUUUUAUUUUUGUUAUGUGCUGUUUUGUUUCUCUCUUCCUUGCAAACUCUACUUAAAACUUUCUUGUUCGUUCUUUCACACUCUGUAUAUCUCGACCAUUUUGCUAUCGCUUACGCCAGUAAAUAUGCUAGUAGUUUCUACUUCUCUAACACCUUCAAACACUGUUUAAAUUUUGGCUUUGCUACCCACAUACUAAUAUGUUGUUGAGAUAACUUUAAUCUAUGUAGAACUUUAUUUAUUGUUAAUGUAAAAAACUGGAUGCAAUAUUGUAGUAAAAUGCUGAGAAUUCCAUUCUGUAUCACAAGUACUGAUUUGGAAUAAAGCUUAUGUUAUGUUAUGUUAUGUUAUGUUUCCUUACAUUGUUGUGGCAAUUAUAUUUUGUUGUCUUUUGGCUAUUGGUUUCUCCAUAUUGUUGUUGUGUUAGGCGUUGCGACUAGUUGAAGUCGCUGUUAUCAUCAUCAUCAUCAUGCUGAUUUUUAUUUU